AUGUCCAGAGGAAGUGUUUCACAUAGUUACGAAUAUAUACCCAAUUACUCUACUGCCAUCCAGCAAAUCAUCCCAGAGCGCUUUAUACUCAAGAUUCGACAGCAGCCUGUGCAGACUCGCCUUAGUACCAAUAAUGAGAGAGAUCGUAGAACACUUGAUCCUCCCCCAAUUGUACAGAUUGAAUUAGACAACUCGAACGCUCAAGAGACGCAAGAUUUUUUACAAAACCCCUACUUGUUCAUGAGUGUUUCUCUAGUGAAUCCAUCUACGCAUGAAGACAUUGUCCAUUCUACGCAAAAUACACUUUCAGGGCAGACAUCGUCUUCCAUGUACAAACUCAAAGACAUUAACAAUCAUGACGGCGGUUUUUUUGUGUUUGGAGAUCUUUCUGUCAAACUAGAAGGCCAAUUUAGGUUAAAAUUCUCCAUGUUUGAAAUAUCUACAUACGGGGCAACCAAUUUAAAAUCGAUUUACUCCAACGUAUUUCAAGUGUAUCCUUCAAAAACUUUCCCUGGCGUGUUAGAAUCGACCUUUCUUUCUCGUUCAUUUUCUGACCAAGGUGUAAGAAUCAGAAUACGAAAGGAACAUCGUGUACAAAUGACUGGAUCUCGUAAAAGAAAGCUAUCCUCACAAGACGAUGUCCUGGAGCUGCCUGAUGAAAGAGGCACUCAUCCAUACAGCCAUCAUGCUCACCAGCCCCACCAGUCCUCCAUGCUUUUACCUUACAGCAAUGCAUCAAGCACCAUCUAUCCUCCUCAGAGUCGUUCACCCUGGCCUUCGUCUCUAGACUAUGAUUAUUUGCAACAGAGAAGAAGCAGCAUGAAUAGCUCAAUGACAUCAAAUAGUGAUAGCCGUCAAUCUUCUUAUCAUCACCUUCAACAUAUUGAUCGUAGACCAAGCGUGCCCUAUUCACCCCCUCACCAAUCGUAUGAUCACCACCGUCCUAAUAACAAUGGCCAUGGUGCUGGGCAUGCUUACUAUGAUCACGCACCACAGCAUCUCCACCCUCAUCACCCUCAUCACUCUCAUCACCCUCAUCACCCUCAUCACCAACAGCCAAAUUAUGCGUAUUACAGCCAUGGUGGUUCGCAUAAUUAUCACCGUGAUAGCAUGAUACCUUCUCCACCCCCUCAAUCUUCCCUUUUCAAAUCAGACACAAGCAGACGAUUGAGCUUGGACGAUACAUUACCUUUAAGAAGACAAUCAGCAGAUCCUCGCUAUGACUCUCCACAUCAUCAUCAACUUUUGAAUGGUCCAAGACGUUUAUCAUUACAGCAGUAUUAUGCUCGAUUGGCAAGCCAACCUCCACCUCCACCUCCACUGGCAACAUCCUCUACUACCUCUACACACAAUAGCUCUCCGCUGAAUGAAGAAAUUAUACAUUUGCCUCCACUGCGUUCUGUUAUCCCUCGUAAUUCAACUUCAUCGCAGCACAAGCAACCACAUCAGGAACGUAUUGUCGAGGUUGACGCUGCUGUUGCCAUGGUGCAACUUGCUUCAAGACGCCAAUUACAGCAACAAAAAGAAGGGCACUAUUCUACAUAG